CGGUGCCGUCUCCCCUCCUCUCCUCCACCCUCCAUCCCUCCCUCUCCUCAUCCCGCCUCGUUCCUCCGCGGCGUGACACUUGGACAUCACCACAUCCCGUACCACAUCAUGAUUCACAUGCGUACCGAGUCCCAAACCUUCGUCGUCGUGAUUUGUAUUUCAUCUCGUGGCUGGACCACCGCGCCUUGAUUCCCACCGCAUCCUACAGUAUCUUUCCUGCAUCUGAACCCUGUUGUCUAUCUUCCGCCAACGCCAAUCCUCCAACCAUUCCGCUGUAUCCGUUGUAUGCCCAAUCUUGCAUCAGUCCUCCGUGUCUCGACAUACGGUACAUCCGCAACUCCGAGCGGUGUGGCUGGUCGCACGACAAUGAAGGGCCGCUACAACUGAACCUCGAACGCAGGAUCAUUCAUCUACCACCACUUCCUCUUCCCUUCCUACAAAUCUCGUAUCCAGAAAGGAUACAGAUACACCCAUAUCCGUCACGCAAGUCUCGAGCGUCAAGACACACAGCACAAUCAUGUCUUUCCUUCGCCGAGACUCCAACUCCUAUACCCUAUCCUCCGUCUUCCCAACCUACUUGAUUCCCUCUGUCCCCUUCCGGCGCAAGUCGCGUCAAUCAAGCACCGACAGCACCAGCUCUGCCGAGUCCACGGCAUCUGCGAUAUCCGCUGCUUCAUCUUCCACCUCUACCUCCACCUCCAACCCUUUCAUGAGAUGUCCGAGCCCGAGCCCGAUCCCUGAUUCACCAAACCCAUCGGCAGUUCUCCCGCCCGACGACAAGUUGUUGCGCGGCCACGGCUCUCACAUCCAAUGCGCAAGAUGCUCGACUGACCUGUGUCUCACAUCUCAAAUCAUCAGCAAAGGCUUCACUGGCCGGCAUGGCAGGGCAUACCUCGUCCAAGGCACGACCGAUCAUCUACGGCCCGACAAGAAUGUCCUGCCCAACACGUACUUGAACCGAUCCAUACCCCGCAAUUUAGUGACGGGAUUGCACAUCGUGAGUGAUGUGAGCUGCGCCAUCUGUGGAAGCAAUCUGGGUUGGAAAUACAUGCAGGCAUGUGAAGAGAGCCAGAAGUACAAAGUGGGCAAAUUCAUCCUCGAAACAAAAAAAAUCCGCCUCAAUGUCUCGUGGGAACAUGACAGCGAUGAUGAUGACGGCAACAAAAAGAGCAAUGAGAAUGAUAGUCAAGCUGCGAUCGACCGCCGGGCAAAGCAGAUCUACAAUGAGGUUCUACCGCUUCAUCCGAGGGCAUUGCAACGUCCAAGUGCAGACCAUGUCCUGUCCCGCUUGUCCAAUCUGGUCAAGGGAAAGAAUGAUCAUCUCGAAUUCGACUCGCAGGACGAAGAUGAAUGUGAGGAUUUGUUUGCUGGUGUGUGGACGCCCGAUCUUGCUGCUGCAAGAAGACAGAAGAAGGAGAGGCUGGCUACUGCUACACGGAAGCCUGCUGUAGCAUCUGCUUCUGCUUCGACAAACUUGAAUCUCGGGGCAACCAGCACUGGCAGUCUGGAUACCUUGUCAUGAGGAAGCUGAGCUAACUGACUUCACACCUUGGGUUGCCUUGCAGCUCGUUCGUGCGUACAACACCCCGUCUAUCCCACUUGGAUAGCAUGCGAUCCGUCAUUACAGCCUCUGGUUCAUUGCAUCACUGACAUGAGAUCCUCGACCAGGCCUCGCUGGAGGCCAUUUUUGAAAUACUUUACUUCCCUUUUAAUACCUACCUGGUCUUAUUCGACCCACCCAUUGUGCUGUCCUGUUCCGGCAUAAUUAACAUCGUGGGCCUUUAACGGUUCAUGGCUCGGCUGAUGUUGACAAAUCUGAUUCAGCAUCGCAUGAAACCUGAUACCCACACAUAUAUAUCCAUCUGGACCGAGACCGCAUCAUCUCUCUGGACUUUUUAUGAUUUUCACACGAUCGAGUCCCUUUCCCCUUUGUGGUCAUUCGUUGAGGAGUUCGCCCGGUAUGAACACAGGGACACUCAUUCGACACAACACAGCGUUACAGUACCUUGAACUCUUCCUGCAUCAAGAUUGGAUUACUAUUCGAUUUAGUUUGGUUCGGUUUGGACGAAUUAUCGGAUACCCCCUUAACAUCACGUCACUCGUCUCAUCACAAUAAUGGCAUAAUGGAGUACUUAGGUAGUACAGGUUGGUUUUGACACCUAGGUUCGGGAGUUCUUGUUAUCGAAGGUUGUGUUCAACCUGACUCGGUCUAGGGCAGGACACCACUCGGUAGCAGCAUAACGGGAGUUGGUGUGCCCUGUCUGCCAUGCAUGUUUUGCUUUUUUAUUAUUAGCUCUAAUUAAAGAAUGGUUUAUGGCAUUUGAUUACACCUGGUUCAGCAACGUGGCAUGACAUUCCUUUGCCCGUUCAAGGUCGAAGAAGCAAGGCGGUGAUGUUCUUGGGAUCUAGUUACCUUACUUAUUUUUAGUCUGAUGAUGAUGAUGAUGGAGAGGAGCAUGACGAGAACUUGACCUGUGGCCUCGACCAUACCUUGGGCAUUGGAUUUCGGGACAGCGUUCGAGAGCUAUAGUACCAAUAACAAUAACAAUAACAAUAACAAUAA